AUGGCAUCAUCGGAAAAAUAUGGAAUAAUUGAGCACAGCAUGGGUUCGUUACUGAAAACUGCAAUUUAUGCAGAUUCGGUGCGGUUAAGUGCAACACAGCAACAAGCACUAAGCUUUGUACUACAAUUGGUUGCACCACCAUUACCGGUGCCAAUACCAGCUUUACUGCAACAGACAACAACGACUGCAAUUGAUUUAACCACUGAGUACGCUGUUCUGAGCAAACCCGCUACCGCGAACGGUAGAAAUUUAAAAGUAAAACAUGCACCUGCGGCAGCAAAAAUUAAUGGCGCUAGCAACAGAUCGAACGGAAGUGCACGUCCAGAACAUCAAAAGGCAGUACAGCAACCUUUAGCGGCGUUGUCGUCAAAAUCUUAUAUAUCAGGACCGACCACUCAGACGCCGAAGUUGGCGAAACGUGCUGGAAUUUUUGCAGAUACAAAACAGAAGAAAGUUAUAAAGGAUAAUAAAAACCGUACGAAAGAAAUUGAGGGACGCAAUAAAGUACAAAAUGAGGCGACUGACCAUAUGCCAGAGUCCUCUGGUCACAUACCAUACCGCAUUGGACGACCGCUUUUAUCUCCACCAGAAUAUGGAAGUUCAGGUAUAUCAGGCUCUGGCGCUGUUUCAACUGGCAGUGGGAGUGGUUAUCAAACGCCACCCUACGAAACUGAGAAAUGGCGUAGCGAGUACUGGGAACAUGAUUAUCAUAAAACAUUUGGAUUAAAUAAUACUCGAGUUAAACAUAUCGAAGCUGAAUGUCAAGAUGAUUAUAUGAAGAUACGUAUUGGUUUCAAUGGCUCAUUUAGUGGUUUGAUUUAUUCCGCGGGUUAUGCCUAUGAUCCAGAUUGCAUGUAUGUGAACGGUACUGGUCGGGAUUAUUAUGAGUUUUAUAUACAACUCAAUCGUUGUGGUACUUUAGGGAAAAAUGCCUUAAAUGAUGAAAGUCGCAAAAACCCUACGAACUUUAUGUGGAAUACAGUAACUGUACAGUAUAAUCCAUUAAUCGAGGAAGAAUAUGAUGAACAUUUCAAAGUAACUUGUGAAUACGGUUAUGACUUUUGGAAAACCGUAACAUUUCCAUUUUUAGACGUAGAAGUCGCCACCGGUAAUCCCGUUGUAUUCACGCUCAGUCCACCUGAGUGUUAUAUGGAAAUACGAAAUGGUUAUGGUAUUAGUGGUGAUCGUGUUACCGGUCCAGUGCGUGUGGGAGAUCCCCUUACUUUAAUCAUAUAUAUGCGCAGCAAAUAUGAUGGGUUUGAUAUAAUAGUUAAUGACUGUUAUGCGCACAAUGGUGCUAAUAAGCGUAUACAGCUAAUUGACGAUCAUGGUUGUCCGGUUGAUGAUAAGCUAAUAUCACGUUUCCGAGGUUCUUGGUCGGAUUCGGGUGUGUUCGAAACACAGGUCUAUGCUUACAUGAAAACUUUUAGAUUCACAGGUUCGCCUGCACUAUAUAUUGAGUGUGAUGUGCGCAUGUGUCAUGGCAGAUGUCCGAGUCAACCUUGUCAUUGGCGAAAUCUAAAAGCGGUGACCAAACGUGAUAUUUCGAAUAUGACUGCAGCAGCAUUAGCACCUCUACCAUUAGCCGAUCCUACCGAAGUUAUAGAAAAACAAGAUCCACCUUUAUCUGAAAAUGUGAAUCUCUUUCAAUCGCUACGUGUGUUACAAGAAGGGGAAUCUGAAGGUGGUAGUACUUAUACAAAUGCAAGACAAUUUCUGUCAGAGCCACCGCAGACGUGCCUAAAGACCACAACUUUUUCAGCAUUAACAGCAACAUUUUCUCUAAUGCUAUGCAUUCUGUCAGGAUCAUUAAUGAUUGUCUGUUCACGUUUGAAAGAACGAAGUAAGCAGGGUUCAAUUUACGAUACGUACGUGACACAUAAAGGGCAAAUAGAUUAA